GAGGGGAGUUGAGGUGGGGGCAUCGGGGAGAGACUGGAUGGGCUGUAAGGGGAAACUUUGGGGGAAAAAGAGCACCCCGAAUUCUCCUUCAGUACUGAGCUGUAGACCUGUGGGUAGCCUGAGGUUGGACUCGGGGUUCGAGACCAUUCCUCACCCUGUGGCUCAUGCCGGUUCCCACCCUCCAGGGUCUCAGUUUCCCUCCACAGUGCAAGCCGAGGCGACUUUGCAGAUCCAGAGGCCUGUUUUUUGAUGUCCAGGUUCCUUUUUCUUUCUUUCUUUUUUUUUUGUGACCCUUCUAUGACUUUUGAGAUGAAAGACAAGGAAGACUAGUCCUUCAGCUGAAGUCUGAGAGCUGCAGGAACUACAGUCCGUCGGAGCCACAGGACCGGGUUGCAGAUCUGAGCACCUUCCCUCCGGGUGCUACCGUCUCUCUACCUCACCGUUCCGGUAUGAAGCUGAACAAGAGGAGUGUGGCCCACUACGCGCUGAGUGAUUCUCCAGCAGACCACACUGGCUUCCUGCGUAGUUGGGGAGGACCAGGUUCCCCACCCACUCCCAGUGGCACUGGCCGAAGAUACUGGUUUGUUCUCAAGGGCAAUCUGCUAUUUUCUUUCGACAGUAGAGAAAGCCGGGUCCCGCUGAGUCUCGUGGUACUGGAAGGCUGCACGGUGGAGCUGGCCGAGGCUCCGGUACCCGAGGAAUUUGCCUUCGCCAUUCGCUUUGAUGCCCCUGGAGUGCGCCCACACCUGCUGGCAGCAGACGGGCAGGCUGCCCAAGAGGCCUGGGUGAAGGCACUGUCCCGAGCCAGCUUUGGCUACAUGCGACUUUUGGUGCGAGAAUUGGAGAGCCAGUUGCAGGAUGCCCGUCAGAGCCUGGCCUUGCAUCGCUGUGCACCCCAGAGGGCUGUUGCCAGUCGCAGUAAAUCUCAGGCUCCUGACCACCGGGCUCCAGGUCCUGAGAAUGGCCACUUUCUCCCUAGGGACGGCAGUUCCAUGGGUACUGUGGAAGAAAGGGGAAUCCGGCCAAUAGGACGGGAUUUGACUGAGUGGGAGUUACAGGGCCCUGCUAGCCUCCUCCUUAGCAUGGGGCAGAGCCCCGUGUCCCCUGAGACCUCCUGUUUCUCUACCCUGCAUGACUGGUAUGGGAAGGAGAUCAUGGAGCUGAGGCAGAGGUGGCAGCAAAGGGCCAAGGGGAGCCAGCCAGAGAACAAGCCACACAAUAGGCCCUGAGCCAGGGCCCUUUAAACUAUGACCCUGUCCUGCUGGUCGGGACGCCAGGGUCAGAACUUCAAGGGUUAAAUUUUCACUCAUUUACCAAGUUGCUGUGUGGGCUGUGUGUGUGAAAGUGGCUUGAAGACUAGCAUCAAUGUAGCUUUGUCAGGGCUCUCUGUAGGAGGUCUUCAGGUGCUAAAGAGGGAUUUCUUCUCUCCCCCGCUGCCCUGUCAAUGUAUAGUGGUGGGCAUGGCCCGCAGAGAGGCAGGCAGCCUUUUAGACAGGAGAAACUCUCUCUGGCCUGUUGUCAUGGCUACUUGUAGGGACUCUUGUCACCUAGCCAGCUGGUUCCUAAGGCUUGUCUGCCGAGGGCCCUCAUACUCUCUCCUGUAUCAUUCCAAGUAUCUUUUUCUUUUGUUCUAAGGCCAAAUGGGUCUACCGAGUCAGAAGCCAGGCCCAUCUGUCCCCUUUAUAGAGAUGUAAUGACAGCGGCUGUGGCUCAAUAGAGAGCCGUUCCCAAACAAAAUCUGCCUCUUCCUGACCACCCUCCUCUCCCUAUCUGGGGCCUUAGGGCAGCCGGGCCAAAACCCAUCAAGGCCUCAAGGCCAAACUUUGCCUCCAGGAGACUGAGUUUCAUGGUCUUCCUGGCUAGGGCCAAUUCCUGUGACGCUAGUCAUGUUUCUCAAGCCUGCUUGUAACAUCAUGGCCAGUGGCCCUCGACUGUACACACAGGUAUUACAGGCCUUUGCUAAUGUUCCUGUCAUAGUCGUUAGUGUCUGCUCUUUAGUUUUGGAUUUUGGAGGCCAGGUCUUUGUUUGCAAGUGCUGAGAUUAUGGAUAUGAGCACCAUGCCGCGUUGGUUUUGUUUUGCAGCAGGACCUGGUGGGAAGGCCUGCUAGCCUCCUCCUUUCCCCUUAUAACCAGAACAAUAAAGUUUGCAGGGUUGGUAGCAAAGAGGUAGAGGAGGACUAGGAGUUCAAGGGCAUCCUUGAAUACACGGUGAGGUUUUGGCUAGACUGGGAUAUGUGUGAGACCCUGUCCGAAAGUUAUUCAUUUUGGUUAUUAUAAUCAGUGUGUUUACAAAUGGAGAAUCAGGAGUCAGAGCUGCAAAGCCGGUGUCUGUGGCUAGCAACUGGGUCAGAGAACCUGGCUUGCUGGUACAACCGCCAUUGGCUCAACCCCUCUUCUUGCUUGUUCCCUAGACCUAUACGGGAAGUCUGCUGUCCACUGCGCUCGUUGUACCAAUGUUCACAGACACUCUGAGCUAUUGUUAACUUGUCUUUUUCACCACACUAGAUAGCUCCGGCUGUCCUGGAACUCACUAUGUAGAUCAGACUGGACUUGAACUUAUCAAGAUCCUCCUGCCUCUGCAUCCCAAGUGGUGAAGGUGUGCACAACUUCGCCCAGUUUUUUGUUAACUUUUUACUGUUACAGUUUUUGUUUUUUUUUUUUUAUAAAUUCAGUAAAGUUUUUCAU